AUUGUUGUUAGUUUUUUUUUUUUUUUUUUAAAUUUUGGUUUAUUCAUUGAUUUUGUUUAGAGUAAGCAUGAUUGAGUUAGAAAAUCCAAUUUACUUUGUUUUUAAAUUCUUAAUAAUGAAACUUCCAACAUUAUUAUUAUUAUUGUUUUAAGUGAUCUCUAUCACUCUCCCGUUAAAAUUCAUCUUCUAUUAUAAUUCAAUUAUUUCACUAUCAUUUACUUCUUCAUUCAAACAUUCAACCCAUUAAUCUAAUUCAAAUGCAAAUUGCAAAUUGCAAAACUCAUCUCGUCAGAAAUCCACACAGCUUCCAUGAUCACACAAUAACAAUUAUAAUUAAUUACUAUUCAAUGGAGAUCUCUUCCCUUACCGCUGAUCAGAUCCACGCCUACAAUAGUUCCGAUGAACAAGUUGCAGAGAUACGGCUAUUUUUAGAUUCCAACAACCGCUGGAAUUUUUUGAACUCAUCCCCUGCUUUCUUGCUGAAUCUUGAAAGAGAAGAUUCCAAGCUGAUUCCUGACGGAGAGUUUGAUUUCGAUUGGUUUCAGUCUAACUUUCCGAGUCCCUCAUUCCGUAGCGGGUUUAAUUUCGAAGUGAAAUUAGCAGCAAUAGAAGAUGCUGAUGGCGAGAUUCGUGACGGACCGUUGUUCUGGCCGCUCGAACAUGAAAUCAAAUGGAAGUCGAUGGAGGAUUGGAACUGGUUCGCGAUUUCACCGCGGAAGGAAGAACUGAAAUCUUCUACUGUGCCUCUAAACUCCAAUAAUGGAAUGCGAUUUCAGGGACGAAAAAUUACUCUGAAUCAAGUGCCGAAGAGGAGGUUCGUGUUUAACUCGAGAUCGGCAGCGUCGGAGAUGAUGGAGUUGAAGGAGAGGCGAGAUUCGAAAGCUUGCGUUCCGAGGAUCGGUGCUGUUCCUUCGAGAUUCAACAGGCCGGGAAACAGAAAUUCCGUUGGGAAAGGUUGGGAAGAGAAAUUAAUGGCCGUGGAUAGAGAUUUUGAGGAGAAGGAUAGGGCGGGGCGUGAAGAAAUACCGAUGGAAACGUUGUUAGGGCUUCGUGAAUUCGAUGGGCGGGAGGGAUUGGGGUCAGAGUUGGAUGAGGUUGUGUUAUCUCUGGAUGAAGAUGAAGCCUGUAAUCAACGAAGCUCCUUGGUAUUAUACAACGGACUAUCACUGCAACUUUAGAAGAAUAGGGUAUGUUGAUGGUCGUGCCUUUACCUUUGACUCACUUCUCUUUGAUUUCUGGUUGUUCUUCGAGCUAGAGCUAACAAUACAUAAGAGAUCAUCGUGUCAAACCUACUGUACAAUGAUGGAUAGGAUCGGUCUAGGAUUGAUGUCUCCUUCGAGACUAUCUACUCUCUCAUUUGAGAUGGUUGAAUGAAGUUCUUUAUAUACUUGAGUUCACACACACUAGUUCUAGAAUUAAGGGUGGUAUUAUAGAUGUUUUGUAUGGUCAAGGUUGCAAAGUGUUUGUCUAAAAACUUACCUUGAUUAUUUUUCAAUUGGUCUAUAUUGUCCUUCUUGAUACCACGUAGGCUUUAGGGUUAUAUUUGGGUCUUGUCUUGAGCAACACUAUCGAGAGUACAAAUCAAAUGAAAGAAUGACGACCAACACAUAAUUUUAAAGUAGAACGGAUGAAUGAGUCAUGUCCAAAUAUUAUUUUAUCCCCAAUUAAUAUUCAUUUAUGGUUUUGUUCUACCAAA